GCCUGAGCUCGACCAACGUCGCAUGCCACAUGUUUCUCGUCUUGGCAAGCUCCAGUUGUCCUCCGACCCUCGGCAUCCCUUUGGAUGGUCCAUUUACCACUUCAAUCAAACUUCUCUAUUUAAAUCAAUUGCCUGACUAUAUCUGUCGCCACCUUGGGCUACGGAUUUGUAGAGUUAUGAGUAGUCAAGCUCUCCAGGCCGAAUUAACGAGCCUCGCCCAAGAGGCUAAACGAAAGAAUCCAGAAAUUCGUACUGUAUGUUGGUUUUAUCUGAGUAGACGACCAACUUUCAUCGAUCCUUUUCUGCUUGCUUGCAAUACUCAGAAUGCCAAGUAUGCCGGCAGCGCUACCGUGUGUCUGCAGCGUCUCGUCAUCAUUAGAGGCCUACCAAAGUCUCGACUAAAAGAUGUCCUGAAUGCUUUCAAUGCAUGCACCUCGCUCGGCCUCGAUAUCCAACUCAAAAUCCUGCAAGCUCUUCCAGCCCUUGCCCAAAACUAUGCGGAUGACCUGAAGGGAGAUCAUCUUGCUGCUGCCUUGCAAGUUUGUGCAGCUCUUCAGAAUGUCAAGGCUGCAACCGUCAGUGGUGUAGCUGCUGCCACUCUCCAGCAACUUGUCGUUUCGGUGUUCGACAGGGUAGCCGCUGAGGAUGAAGCCGGUGACAGAAUCCCCAUUGUCACUCGAAUAUCUGGCGGAGAUGGCCCCAUUCCGCUAAGAGAAGCAGCUUAUGAUGCAUAUCGCGUAUUCCUGGAUAUCUGUUUCGCUACAGAAGGUCAAGAUACACGAUUUGUGCGCUUCUCCGGACUUUCAGCAGCUUCUGGUCUCGAACUCAUGGGAGCAUGCCUCGGCAGCCAUCCCAGAAUAUUCUCCUCGCAUCCCGAGCAAACGAACAUCCUUCGAACAGUCGUCAUGCCACAUCUGAUCCGAGUCAUCUCAGAGCGUCAAGCCUUCAGCGUUACUCUCCGGGCUCUUCGAGUUGCAUCCUUUAUCAUCCGUCGUCACCUCCAGGCCAUGCCCGACGAGUGUGAGGUUGUUCUGGGCUUGUUGACGCACAUGAUAGACUCAGAAGCAACAGCCUGGAAACGCGCCAUGUGUAUGGAGGUCUUCCGUCUUGUCUAUACUGAACCUGGUCUGGCUGUGCAGAUUUACCUGCAGUAUGACGCCAAAGACGGCAAAAGAUCGAUUGUUCGAGACAACAUCGCUUCCUUCGUCAAGAUCUCCACAGAAAAGCCGUCUGUCAUUGGAUUGGGCCAACACUCAAGCGUUCCUACCGAUCAGGCAAGAGAGACCAUCGCUGAGCAGGUUGCAAUGGAAGCUGCUGGCGGUGUUGCUGGUGUAGUUGCUCCGACAUCGAACUUAGGNGAGAUCAAUGUCCCGGGAAUCAGUACACGAUGGAGCGUGCCCAAAACUCAAUGCAUGGACCAGCUUGACAAAACAGAUCCUCCCGCUCUACCAGAAACCUACAUCUACAGUCUUGUACUAGAGUGUCUCAAUGGUCUUUCUGAGAACUUGGCCAAGGUUGUACUUCCCUUGACCGUCCAGCAACAUACGAAAGAUCAAGAUCAAGAUUCAGAGGGAGAAGUCGAAGCCGAAGAACAAAUCACCAGUCCACAAAAUACGAGAACCCGAAAGAAGAGGUCACAAUCUUACAGAUCGCGCACUGUACCGCUCAACCCGCUCUCUACAGAUGAGAGUGUCCAAGCGAUCCGUAUCAGAGCUAUCGCAAAGCUCGUAGAACAGUGUUGGCCCGCAUUGCUUGCAACAUAUUCGACUUUCCUCAACGCGUCUCUUGACAACGAUUACUACCGGGCGCUGAUCAGGUCAUAUCAAAGAUUCGUACAGGUCUCUGGUCUUCUGAGAUUGUCCACCUCUCGAGAUGCAUUCUUGACUACUCUAGGUAAAGCUGCGGUUCCUCCAAGCAUAGUGACGUCCAGUAUAUCAAGCGUUUCGUCACCAAUAAUUGAGACUCCCGGAAUAUACUCUAACGGCAAGGGUUUACUGAGUGUGGAGAGCUUUUCAACUCAGACAUCGGGGAAUGAAAGAUCAAGACGAACAUCAUACGAUCCGGCAUCGAGGCCUACGUUGUCCACACGCAAUCUGUUGUGUCUGAGAGCACUUCUCAAUGUCGCUAUCGCGAUCGGACCGACUUUGGAGUCUUCGUUCAACAUUGUCUUCGAAACGCUUCUCCAAGCUGGAGUUGUUCUCAAUGCUUCUCAGGCAAAGUCUACAGCAAUUGGUCCAGAGAUCGCAGCUGUAGAGGGCGCAGUGUUACGCCUUCUGGAGAGCACGGCGGAUUAUCCGAACGAUGCUUUUCUUCACGUACUCACAACUCUCUGCAAACUGCUCAACGGAAGGACUGAGGGCGUACCAUCGUCUCCGACCCAUACAAAGUCCUCGAGUGCUGCGCGUAGAAUAUCCAGUCUGCCUGGCAUCACAACAGACAUUGCACUCUCUACUCAGGAUUACAUGUUUGUGUUAACAAGAAUCAACGAUCUUGCAGAGCAUAAUGUUUCGAGAUUCGCAAGUUAUGCGUCUUCAGAAAGUGGAUGGGCUGUCCUGGUCGAUCGUCUUGUGGAUUUGGGCAUUGCUACAAGCAUACCAGAUGAUGCUCGCCGUCUUGCUGCUGAUAUUUUGGCUCUAUGCUCCAUCGCUGUUGCCGAGGCAAGUACAUCCGAGGAGCCAGAAGACGCAGCACUGGCUCAGAACAUGGUUCUAUCAUCUUUGAAUCUGCUUAUACGUCGACUCUACGAAGAAGGUGACGACCUUACCAAUGUCGAUAUCGAUAUCCACAACAGAGUCCUCGACUCUGUUAGAGCUGUGCUUGAGAAGUCUGGAGAGGCACUCACCGCUGGCUGGGAAACCAUUCUGGCCCUAAUAGGUAGCGUUUUCGAUACCGACGACGCCGAGGAAAAGGAACGUGACGAGCAAACCCACAAAGAAGGUUGGUUGAGGUUGUCAAGCCACUUCGUCGCCCCGUAUCUAGGCCGAUCAGCGUUCGGUGUGAUGCAGUUAGUCUGCUCGGAUUUCCUCGCACCACUUCCACAGACCUGUCUUAGUCCACUGGUAGAAAUUCUGUUCCGUUUCGCUUCUCAGAAUUCUGACCUUAACAUUUCCCUCACUUUUCCANNGGCUAUCACACUAUUCUGGGACGUGUCCGACUUCCUCGUGAAGCAGGAGGUGGUCUCCGGACUCAAUGAACUCACCAGUGGUAUCGCUGAAGAGCGUUUGGUUCUAGGACACGAGCGUAUCGUGACUAGAAGCAAAGAAUCUCGGCCUGCUCAAUGGGUACUACUCAUGUAUCGACUUACAGAUGUCAUUGCCGACGAACGCUCAGAGGUCAGGAACAGCGCUUUCCAAACCCUGUUGAGAAUUUUCAAGAACCAUAGUAUCGACUUUUCCAAUCCAGCUUGGCAAUUGACUAUCGAGACACUCUUGUUCAAAGUCAUCCGGGAGAAUGCCGAUAAGCAGAGGACCCUUCGUUCGGGCAAAGCAUCUUCUGAUGCUAUCAUUGGACUCGAUAGCACUUCGAGUGAAAUCAUUGGCGACAUUACCGGCCUUCUUGUCGGACAAUUUGAUCAGAUGGCCUCAUUCGGUUCCUUCGACCGAUUGUGGUCAGAUCUGAUGGAUAUCUUCGAAGCUCUUCUGGCCUUUCACUCCUCGGUCGUCAACGCAGCUGUAUACAACGGUCUCAGUACUUUGCUAGGUGCAUUCCGACCCGACGACCAGAAGCUAGGCCAAGCAGUCUCACGCACAGAACUUUUGUGGUCGUCCGCCGUGCCCGACUGUUCUGAGGAUGUCAAAGGUCAGACUGCAGAACAGGAGCAACAUAUUGCAUACGUCAAUUGUGGAAGAAACAUCUACAGCUUGACUGAAAAGAACACCACAAAAGACCGACUUGACAAGUUGGUGCAGAACAUGAUUGAUUGUGUCAAGUGUUCAAGCGGAGCGGCCUACAGCUCUGAUGUCAACAACCUCACUGUGCUCCAGCAGAAGGUCCUUGAGCACCUGCAAGCGCUGCAUAGCAAUGUUGUGCUUAUUUCCUCGACACUGGUCAAUGCCGCCUCACAGCUGGCGUCAUUGCCAUUCGCGUCACAUGACAAGCCCAAAACGAACCUUACAUUCGUUGCUUUGGCAAAAGCAAGCAUGGAUUGGAUGGUCGAAUUGGUCGCUACAGAUUUGUCAAAACCAGAAAUGUUCCACUCGGGCGCAGUCGCGAAAGCCUUGGAGAACUUGGUGACACCAAUGGGGCUCAAAUAUCGAUGGAUGCAACACGGUAGAGCGCCAGCUCUGUGGCGGAAGGCAAGCUCUGCAUCUUUGGCUAUUAUCGGGAAGACGCUGGCCCAGAUGGAAGCGCUCAGUGUUGAGAGUGAGAUGGAGACUCGCAUCUGGACAGCAAUCAUCAACAUUGCUCAUGCCGUUAUGCAUGCCGACAUCGACGAAGCAUCACCACAGCCUACGCCUGAGACCGUUGAGAAAGACGAGGUCUUUGAUUGUGAGAUCAUGCGACAGCUCAAAGUAAUGAUGACGCCAGCCCUAGGUUCCUCAGGUAUCCCUGAUGCAAUCCGGCAAACGUACAUGUCCUCGCUCUUCGAUGCGUCGCUCGUCCAUGCCGUGGAGCGGGGAGAUAUUCCUCAGAACGACGAUCGACUUGGCAAUUUCUAUGCAUUGCGGAUUGGUCGAGUCCGUGAUCCAGAACCAAGCCUAAGGGAGGAUAUGGCGUACUUGUGCUUCAAGGAGCUGGUCUCCUUGGUUGGUGACCCUCGCGAAAGUCAAGUCAAACUUUCAGAAGCCGCGGCAUCCCCCUUGAUAUUGCGGUUUGCACUUCCUCUCAAGGCCUAUAUUGUUGAUCAGCCUCUUCGGGGUUCGCUGCCUCAGCCACUGUCGCAGGUCGAAGAGUUGCUCUUCUGCUUGACUGAAGUCGAAAAGCUCAGUGGCUUGUCUAAUGCUGUGAACCAGGUAGAUGGCGCUCGCAGGAAGGAUCAUAGAGCGCACUUAGAGUUGCUCUUUCCGCUGGUUGUCAAGGCAGUUGGUGUGGCUGGCGACAAACGUUACGGUAACAGAAAGAUAUUGGCUCUGCUUGAGCGAGUCCUAGUAGCUAUUAGA